AUGGGAUCAGUGUUAGACCAGCCCAAGUCCAUCGAUGUCGCCAUCAUCGGUGGUGGCAUUGGCGGCCUGUCGCUGGCCAUUGGCCUGCAGCAGUACAGUCACAUCAACGUGCGCGUUUUCGAGGCCGCGCCGCAGUUUUUCGAGAUUGGAGCCGGUGUCUUCUUCGGCGCCAAUGCCAUCCGCGCCAUGUCCCUCAUCCACCCGGCCGUCGGCGAGGCCUACGCGCGCAUCUCGACCACUGCCGGCUGGCCCUCCAAGGAAGACACCUACUUUGACUUCGUCCUUGGCCAGCCGCUGCAUGACCUGCCCGCCGGAACCCCCAUCGCGUCGCCGCGGCUCGGCCCGCACGAGCGGCACUCCACCGCCCACCGGGCGCACCUGAUCGACGAGCUGGCCCAGCUGGUCCCCGAGGCUCACGCCGAGCUCGGCAAGCGGCUUGUCGGCCUGACGCGGGACGAGGCGCGCGGCCGCACGCUGAUGCGCUUCGCCGACGGCGUCACCUACGAGGCCGACGCCGUGGUCGGCUGCGACGGCAUCCGCUCCGUCUGCCGCGAGCUCGUGCUGGGUACGGGCCAUCCGCUGGCGCGGCCGGUGUUCACCGGGAAGUACGCGUACCGUGGGCUGAUCCCGAUGGACAAGGCGGUCGCGGCGAUUGGCGAGGAAAAGGCAAGGAACAGGUACAUGUUUCUGGGUAAGGGGGGGCACGCGCUCGUCUUUCCGGUGGCGGGCGGCGAGAUGAUGAACGUGGUUGCGUUCGGCACCGCCAAGGAUGGGAUCUGGGAGGGCGGCUGGAUCAAGCCGAUGAAGCGGGAGGACAUGGAGAGGGACUUUGCCGCGUUUGGGGAGGACUGCCAAAAGAUCUUUUCGCUGAUGGAAAACACCGACCAUUGGGGCAUCUUUGACCUCUCCGAGGACAUUCCCACCUUCACAUCGGAGCCGCUCCGGCUGGUGCUCCUCGGCGACAGUGCACACGCCUGCGCGCCGCACCAGGGCGCCGGCGCCGGCCAGGCUCUCGAGGACGCCCACGUGCUGGCGCACCUUCUCGGCGACUGCCGCUCGCCCGCAGACCUGCUGUCCGCGUUCGCCGCGUACGAAUCGGUGCGGCGCCCUCGGACGCGCUUCGUGCAGCGCCACGGCCGCCGCCAGGGCGAGCUGCUCGACCUGCACGCGGAAGGCGUCGGCGACGACCUGGAGCAGCUGCGGCGGGUCGUCGACGGGCCGAUCCGCGAGAUCUGGAACUGCGACCUCGAGGCCGAGCUGGCCAAGGCGCGGGCCAAGAUGGCGGAGUUGUUGGUGGAGAGCAGGGACGGGGCUGCCUGA